AUGGUAUUGCUCACAACAAUCAGUUGUUAUAUAAAUAGCAUACAAAUGAAUAGUAGUAGUAGUAGUAGUAGUAGUAGUAGUAGUAGUAGUAGUAGUAGUAGUAGUAGUAGUAGUAGUAGUAGUAGUAGUAGUAGUAGUAGUAGUAGUAGUAGUAGUAGUAGUAGUAGUAGUAGUAGUAGUAGUAGUAGUAGUAGUAGUAGUAGUAGUAGUAGUAGUAGUAGUAGUAGUAGUAGUAGUAGUAGUAGUAGUAGUAGUAGUAGUAGUAGUAGUAGUAGUAGUAGUAGUAGUAGUAGUAGUAGUAGUAGUAGUAGUAGUAGUAGUAGUAGUAGUAGUAGUAGUAGUAGUAGUAGUAGUAGUAGUAGUAGUAGUAGUAGUAGUAGUAGUAGUAGUAGUAGUAGUAGUAGUAGUAGUAGUAGUAGUAGUAGUAGUAGUAGUAGUAGUAGUAGUAGUAGUAGUAGUAGUAGUAGUAGUAGUAGUAGUAGUAGUAGUAGUAGUAGUAGUAGUAGUAGUAGUAGUAGUAGUAGUAGUAGUAGUAGUAGUAGUAGUAGUAGUAGUAGUAGUAGUAGUAGUAGUAGUAGUAGUAGUAGUAGUAGUAGUAGUAGUAGUAGUAGUAGUAGUAGUAGUAGUAGUAGUAGUAGUAGUAGUAGUAGUAGUAGUAGUAGUAGUAGUAGUAGUAGUAGUAGUAGUAGUAGUAGUAGUAGUAGUAGUAGUAGUAGUAGUAGUAGUAGUAGUAGUAGUAGUAGUAGUAGUAGUAGUAGUAGUAGUAGUAGUAGUAGUAGUAGUAGUAGUAGUAGUAGUAGUAGUAGUAGUAGUAGUAGUAGUAGUAGUAGUAGUAGUAGUAGUAGUAGUAGUAGUAGUAGUAGUAGUAGUAGUAGUAGUAGUAGUAGUAGUAGUAGUAGUAGUAGUAGUAGUAGUAGUAGUAGUAGUAGUAGUAGUAGUAGUAGUAGUAGUAGUAGUAGUAGUAGUAGUAGUAGUAGUAGUAGUAGUAGUAGUAGUAGUAGUAGUAGUAGUAGUAGUAGUAGUAGUAGUAGUAGUAGUAGUAGUAGUAGUAGUAGUAGUAGUAGUAGUAGUAGUAGUAGUAGUAGUAGUAGUAGUAGUAGUAGUAGUAGUAGUAGUAGUAGUAGUAGUAGUAGUAGUAGUAGUAGUAGUAGUAGUAGUAGUAGUAGUAGUAGUAGUAGUAGUAGUAGUAGUAGUAGUAGUAGUAGUAGUAGUAGUAGUAGUAGUAGUAGUAGUAGUAGUAGUAGUAGUAGUAGUAGUAGUAGUAGUAGUAGUAGUAGUAGUAGUAGUAGUAGUAGUAGUAGUAGUAGUAGUAGUAGUAGUAGUAGUAGUAGUAGUAGUAGUAGUAGUAGUAGUAGUAGUAGUAGUAGUAGUAGUAGUAGUAGUAGUAGUAGUAGUAGUAGUAGUAGUAGUAGUAGUAGUAGUAGUAGUAGUAGUAGUAGUAGUAGUAGUAGUAGUAGUAGUAGUAGUAGUGACAUAUUCACAUUACAAUUCCUACCUAAAUCAAUCUAUUUUGUUACUAUUCAAUAA